AUGUUACAGGAUACCAAAAGUCUGACGGUUAUCAAAUGUCUUCGUCAAAACUUUGCUAGAUAUGGCAUUCCAGAAACACUCAUUAGUGACAACGGACCAGAGUAUUCAAGCUGCGAAUUUCAAGCUUUUGCUAGUGACUUUGGUUUCAAGCACAUCACAUCAUCUCCAAGGUACCCCCAGAGCAACGGACUUGCAGAGAGGACCGUACAGACGGCCAAAAAACUUCUGAAAAAGGCCAUUGAAGACCAUCAAGAUCCAUACUUAUCUCUUUUAGAGCUUCGCAAUACACCACUUUCUGGUGUGGGACUUUCACCCGUGCAACUUCUGAUGGGCCGCAGAACCAGAUCUUUCAUUCCAGCCAAAUCAUCACUCUACACACCUAACAACUUCCCUGGGAAAUCCGUCAGGAAAAAUCUACAAUCUAAACAGCAGAAGCAAAAACACUACUAUGAUAGAAAUGCCAAAGAAAGGACGCCAUUAGCAAGAGGAGACGUAAUUAGAAUUCGUUCACAUCAAUCAUCAUCAACUUCAUGGAAUCCAGGACAAGUCGUCAAACAAUGCGAGGAACCAAGAUCCUACAUAGUAAAAUCAGGAAACCGGAUGUUCAGGAGAAAUCACAAGGAUUUGGUGAAAACCAAGGAAAAGUGUGUUCCAGAAAAUUCUAGGGAGGAAGAAGACGAAGUAGUGAUCAUUCCACCAGUGCAGGCAGAUUCAACGCAGACAGAUUCAAGGAGUGUUAUCGAUACUUAA